GAAAAAACAAAGCAAAAACCGCAAAGCUGCAGCGAUAUUCCGCCCAACUGGGCCUGCAGAAUUGUUUACUGCGGUCUGCUGUCGCUAAUCGACGCCUGACACCACCGCGAGUUUCGAAGUUCUUUGCGAAUUGCUCUCUGUCAAGAUGGCCGAAAGCUCGACCGUAGAAGCUUUCAAAGCUCCACCGCUUCCUUUGCACAAAGAGUUGAAGCAUCUCGAUGACGGGAGCGUUGAAAUCCCGGCGGCUAUCAUGCCAGUCGAAGAAGAGCCUCAUUCGCCAGUGGAGCGUGCUGCUGCUGAAUCGAAGAUCUCCAUCAGUCAUCCUGCACUUCACUAUACUGCUCCUCCAUGGGCUUCUGUUCCAGAUCCUGGCUUAGGAUACAGACUCGAGAUUGUUAAAAAUGGUGCCAUCGUUGACACUAUAGAUUUGGAUAACAGGAAACAUGAAACUUUUGUCUUGAUUGGAAGGUUACCCAACUGCGACGUGGUUCUAGACCAUCCCUCCAUCUCUCGUUACCACUGCGUACUGCAGUAUGGAGAGGAUCCUAUGGAUAAGUCAGGCAAAGGGUGGCACAUCUACGAUAUGGGCAGCACACACGGCAGCAAAGCGAACAAGAAUAAAAUCCCUCCGAAACAAUACAUGCGAAUUAGAGUUGGAUUUGUGUUGCAAUUUGGAGGUAGCACUAGAUUGUUAUCCCUUCUGGGACCAUCGACAGACUGCGAACCAGAGUGGGAUUACUCGCCAACUGAAAUGAAGGAGAAGAUGCAUAAGAAGGCACUAGAAGCAAAAUUAGCGGCUGCUGCGAAGAAGGAGUUUGAAGAAGAAAAAGCGAGAGAAGCUGAGAAGUCUGAAGGGAUCGACUGGGGAAUGAACUAUGGUGAGGACGACGAGCCAGCACCAGAUAUCGAGUUAGAUCCUCAUCUGAUGGAAGACCGAGAGCAAUAUUACAGAGCUGAUCCAAAGAAAGCUUUGGCCAAAUUUUUUGAGCGGGAAGGCUUCGAUAUGGAGUUUCAGUUGACCGAACAAGGCAGCGGUCAUACACACAAGUGGUUGUGUUCCAUAGAAUUACCUAUCGAAGUAAAUGGGAUUGAUCGUGCGGUUACUGCUCAAGCCACAGUUUCAACUUCGAAAAAGGACGCCCAAGUGCAGUGUGCUUUAGAAGCCUGCAGAAUACUUGACGCUCACGGAGUUCUAAGGCGAUCGACAAACAAGAGCAGAGCGAAGAAUAAAGAGCUGGAAGCUAACGACUUCUAUGAUGAAGAUGAUGAUGAAUAUCUGGACCGCACGGGUCAAAUCGAGAAGCAGAGAGAAAAACGGAUGAUGUGGGCCAAGAAUCAGCCGGGUGGAAAAGUCGAAAAGAAGAGCACAUACGAAUCUUUAUGCAAAGAGUUGGAAGAGACUCGUGCAGAGAUCGCAAAUUUGAAAAAGAUGCUAGAUGAUUUAAAUACUGUGAAAGCAACACAGAGCACAGGAGACUCACUGGAUGACUACUGCAGGACAUUGAAUCAGGGCGCGGAUUUGAAGUCAAAAACUGAGAUCUCAAUGCUUCGGCAAAAGCUUGUCGGUCUUACACAUGACGCUCAGCGACUUGAGAAGCUUGUGAAAAUAGCGAAGCCGGUAGCUUUGCCAGAGCUCAAGGUAGCAGGAGCAAAUGUAUCUGGGGCUGACAAGCAAGCCUUUUUGCGCAAAAUGAUGAUGCUCGGGAGGAAGAGAGCUGCUGACGAAAAGGCUGCAGAAAAGGAGGAGAAGGAGAAGGAAGUGAAAGGCCCAGCAUCAAUCCCUGCACACAUGGAGAAAUUCAAACCAGAAAUGGAAGAUGAGGAAGAGGAGCCUGCUUCCGAUGAGAAGCCGACUUCUUCGGUUUCCAGCGCUGAAACUACGGAACAAGCUCCAUCCUCCUCUUCACCACAUGUCGAGGAAGAGAAGAACCAGCCAGAACAACCUGUAGUGGAUUCAACUACAGAAGACAAGCCCGCAGCUGCUACUCCGAAUCCGGUUUCGAUGAGGCUCACAAAACCUGGAAAUGCAGAACCGGUCAAAACUAAGCAACAGAUUGUCCAUGACAUUGUUUAUGGAGACGACGACAAACGGACGAAUGUGCCAAGGAGAUCGCUGUCUACUGAUGCAGAUGAAGAUGAAGAGGGAGGAGGUCCAAAAAAGAAACGCCGUGUAAGAGUUCGACCAAACCGACCUACAACGUUAACUCCUGGUGGUGAUUAUGGAGAUGGCAUGGAUGAUGACAAGUAUGCUACGUGGCUUCCUCCUGAGAACCAGAGCGGUGAUGGAAAAACUGCACUGAACGAGAAAUUUGCGGGGCGAUACUAAACCAUUCAACAAUACCCAUCCCUGACUGUAUACCUCAGUUUGUAAAAAUGUUUUUUUUUGUAAUGUACACUCUUUUUGAGGUAGGCUGUUCAUAUACAACAGGCUUGCAUACUUUUACUUGACAUUUUUGUUUUCUGUGAUGUUGUUAUUUUGCCAUUGAAAUGAGCAGAAACACUUCAUGUAUAAAUAUAUU